GUGUCUGAAUGGUUGUUUUGAUUUCAAGCUCUCUUGUUUUCUUACUUGUCGGCCAGCGGGAGGCCAUUUCGUUCUCCACCGUAUGCAUUCGUUAAAUGGGAGUAAAUUGAAUGAAGUGGUGUUGUUUUUUACUGUUUGCUACCAUUGCUUCGUUUUAUAAUAAGCUACUUCCGGUUGAAAUAAAUCCACCGGAAAUGACGUUUGAUCCACGCUAGGGAACGAAACUGAAUUUUACCUACGACACAGUAGACAAUGUUUUAGUUCGGAAAACGUUUUCUUUUAGGUACAUGACUGAGCCUUUUGGUUUUAUUUGAAAGCCACGACGAGUUUAUUAACGCACUCGGAAUUGUACAACACGUUUGAGGACCAUUACCUUUAAAAACGACGACUAGUUCCGCUGAGGUUUGUUGUGGACUGUUGAAGCGCACGCAAUAAUUAUGUAACUACAGAGUAAUAGUUUAUAUCAGAUAGCAGCGCUUUCAGUGUGCAACCUAAAACAUAGCGACCGAUCAAACGCAGGAGAGCGCUUAACGAUGCCCGAGAUCAGCGCCAAGUAUUCAGAGGCCAGUAGCCCGAGGAGGCGCCGCCGGAGCCGCUCGAACAGUGGAAAUGCGCGGAGUCGCUCCCGGGAGCGCGACCCGAGUCCUCCGGCAGAUACCCACAGACACAAUGGGACAGAUGAGCGAAAGUCGAGAUGGUCCGACAGCAAAGAGAGGAGUCGGAACCGCUUCCGGGUUGGUGGCUCGCGCAGUAGGUCCAGAUCGAGAGAACGUGAGAAGAUGGCCUGGGUUGAUGAGCGGGACCGGGGACAGUAUGCAGGAUCGCGAGCUGAUUAUUAUGACAAGAGAGACGACAUUCAAAGGCAACGACAGGAAGCCUUCAUUGCUAGGCGCUUGCAGGAGCGUGAGAGAAUCGGUGAGCUGGGAUGUCCUGAGGUCUGGGGCUAUUCACCAAGAGUCCGAGACCCAGACUCAGAUGAACACACUCCAGUAGAAGAGGAUGUGAAGAACAGCAGCACUGAAACAAGUUCAGAAGAGGAAAAGAAGAAAAAGAAAAAGAAGCGAAAAUCCAAAAAAAAGAAAAGCCGCAAGCACUCAGAGGACAGUGAAUCAGAAAGUGACUCAGAAGAAGAAGUCAAGAAGAAGAAGAAAAAGAAGAAAAGUAAAAAGAAGAAAUCAAAGAAGAAGAAGGCUAAAAAGAGCCGCAAAGAGACAAGCAGUUCCAGCAGUGAUCAGUCCGCAGAGGAAGACGAUGAGCUCGGAGAACUGUGGGUUGAGAAAACGCGUAUCGAUGAUCAUGUUUUUGGACCUGAGGCUCCACUAACUGACAUGGCUCAGGAUGACAGACCACUAGAUUUUGGCCAUGCUCUGUUACCCGGUGAAGGUGCUGCCAUGGCGGAGUACGUAAAAGCAGGCAAGCGAAUUCCAAGGAGAGGUGAAAUCGGCCUUACCAGUGACGAGAUUGCUGACUUUGAGAAGUCAGGCUUUGUGAUGAGUGGAAGCAGACAUCGUCGCAUGGAGGCUGUGCGUCUGAGAAAGGAAAACCAGAUCUACAGCGCAGAUGAAAAGAGAGCCCUUGCCUCCUUCAACCAGGAAGAGAGAAGAAAAAGGGAAAGUAAAAUCCUUUCCAGUUUCAGGGAAAUGGUGUACAGAAAGACUAAAGGAAAAGAAGAGAAGUAGAACGGUAAACACAGUGCUAAGAUGUCAGCACUGGGUUGCGAUGUACUAUAAUUUAGCACGAAUAGUUAAAAAUAGAUUAAUGCUUUCGUGUUCUUACUGUGCAAAAUGUAUUGAAAUUACUGUCAACCUUUUGCUGUUUUCUUUUUUUUCUUCUGUCAAAUAAAAACUGAUUCGGAAGUUUA